CAAAAAUUUGUUUGGAACAAAAAAAAGAGGGAAUGGACUCCUAGAAAAAAGGCAUUCGCUAUUGGUAGAAUUUAUUAUGUCCAUCCUGGGAGUGGUGAAUCUUAUUAUCUCAGGUGUCUGUUGAAUCACAUUCGUGGUGCAAUGUGUCACGAAGAUCUCCGAACUGUUGCUGGUGUAAUAUAUGUUUCAUUUCGUGAGGCGUGUUAUGCCUUGGGGUUACUGGAUGAUGACAAGGAAUUCAUUGAUGCUUUCAAGGAAGCAAGCUUUUUCUCUUCAGGCUUUUACAUGAGAAUUUUAUUUGUUAUUCUUUUGUGGACGGAGUCAAUGUCUAGACCCGAAUCUGUAUGGCAACAUUGCUGGAGGUACAUGGCGGAUGACAUACAACACACACAGAGACGAUUGUUGCAACAUCCAGAAUUGAUUCUUUCUGAUGACCAAUUGGAGAAAUUAGCUUUGGCUGAAUUAGAGAAAUUGUUGCGAGGUCGUGGAAAGAGUUUGCGAGAUUACCCUCCGAUGCCAACGGUUACGAUGGAUUCACUGCUUUCUUCCAAUGACAGAAUGAUAUACGAAGAGCUGAACUAUGACCGGAUCGCAAUGACUGAGGAACAUGCAACAUUGGUCGGUUCCCUGACGGAUGAGCAAAUGUGUGUAUAUGAAACGAUAAUGCAUUCCGUGGAAGAGGAGGUAGGAGGUGUUUUUUUUGUGUACGGGUAUGGUGGAUCUGGAAAAACAUUUGUUUGGAAGACGCUUUCUGCCGCCCUUAGGUCUAAGGGUGAGAUCGUCCGUAAUGUCGCAUCGAGUGGG